UUACUGUCAUCUAUCUGUUGCUUAUUUUGAUGAUGCUUUCCCUUUGUGCAUCACUGUCAGUUUUGGCGCCCAAACAGGGUACAAAACAGAAGAAACGUUUAAAAAUCAAAAGUUAAAUUUUGUUUCCAAGUUCAAGUAAUUUAAUUUUUGAUAAGCGUAUUAUUUCUGCACAUUUGAUAAUAUUAGUUAUCUUUUCGCUAGUGUAAUGCUACUUAAAUACACACCGGUGGAAGCACAAAACAUGCAAAGAGUGGGAGUGUACGAUCGAGUGGACAAAAUCGGUGAAGGUACAUACGGUGUUGUAUACAAAGCGAAAGAUAUUCGUAACCAAAAGAAUGUCGCUUUGAAACGCAUACGAUUAGAAAGCGAAACGGAAGGCAUACCGUCAACGGCCAUGCGCGAAAUUUCACUGUUGCGCGAUCUAAAGCAUCAUUCAAUAGUGGAAUUGUUUGAUGUAAUCAUCUCCGAAAACAGCAUUUAUAUGGUGUUUGAGUAUCUGGACAUGGAUCUGAAGAAAAUGCUUGAUCGCCAUAAAAGCAGUUUUACGGCGAUGCUUGUAAAAAGCUAUAUGCAUCAAAUGCUGGAUGCUAUCGCGUACUGCCAUUUGAAUCGUAUCCUUCACCGCGAUCUUAAGCCGCAAAAUUUACUCAUCGAUCGUGAAGGUCACAUAAAGCUAGCAGAUUUUGGGUUAGCACGAGCAGUCAACUUUCCUAUAAGAAUAUAUACGCACGAGGUGGUCACCUUGUGGUAUAGGGCACCGGAGAUAUUGCUUGGGACUAAGUUUUAUUGCGUUGGCGUUGACACCUGGAGUUUGGGAUGCAUUUUUGCUGAAAUGAUUCUGAAACGACCGCUCUUUCCUGGAGACAGUGAGAUUGAUCAACUGUUUAAGAUAUUUCGCCAAAUGGGAACACCGGAUGAAUCGAGCUGGCCCGGCGUUUCACAUCUACCGGAUUACAAAGAAUCAUUUCCCUACUGGGAAGCGCAACCCCUACCGAAUGAAAUGCAGCAUGACCUCGACGCACAUAAGCUUUUUUGGGAAUUGAUGCACUACGAUCCAACGAAACGGCUUGCUCCAAAAAGUGCAAUGAUGCACCCGUAUUUUGAUAACGUUUGCCUGGUACCGCCAGAACUUUAAUGCUUUCGUAUUGACUAUUUUAACAUUGCUCACAAUGCUACUAGCUAACAUGAUCUCACAGUUUCGACCCUGAAAUGCAUGGUGUAGUGUGCCGUAUAUGGGUUUUAAAACUUUACUUUCUCAGCGACACUGAUCACAAAUUAAUCUUGACUAUUGAUCGAUACUGAACCAGGGAAACUGGACUAUAAACAUCAUCAACAGUAAUCAAUGUCAAUAUUGUUUGAAAGUGCGCUCGGAACAUAAUCGUUGUUAUCAUUACGAAAUAUGUACGUUUUAGGUCUGUUAGGUCUACUUUAAUGUAUUAACAGUGUUAGAAAAUAUGUAAAUGGAUAAUUUGGCUGAAACGAAACUAUAUUUCUUAUGACAUGUCUGUACUAUGGUUCCCGACAUUCUAAUAUCAUAUACCAUAGAAGCGACUUAACCGUGCAAAUAGACGUAGAGCGACAUUUCUCACCGCGAUGAGAUUUAAAAGCGGUAAAGAAUUCAAACCUGAUGAUGCAUGUUGGUUCGUUCACACGAAUUCCGUCAUGGCGCCUUUUGAUGAACAAUAAAUAAUUAAGUUUACCGUCAACUUAUACUUUUUUUU